CGGCCAAUUGGCUUGGAACGGGUCGGUUCGGUGCUGCUGGGCCAGGUUCGGGCGCGGAGCAGAACGGAGCAUCGCCGCGGUCCCGACCCGCCACCGCCACCAUGCCGGCCGUUUCCAAGGGAGACGGGAUGCGGGGCUUGGCCGUGUUUAUCUCCGACAUCCGAAACUGUAAGAGCAAAGAGGCUGAAAUUAAAAGAAUUAACAAGGAGUUGGCCAAUAUCCGGUCAAAAUUCAAGGGAGAUAAAGCCUUGGAUGGUUACAGCAAGAAGAAAUAUGUCUGUAAGCUGCUCUUCAUCUUCCUGCUGGGCCAUGACAUUGAUUUUGGGCAUAUGGAAGCAGUCAACCUGCUUAGCUCCAACAAAUACACAGAGAAGCAAAUUGGCUACCUGUUUAUUUCUGUGCUGGUGAACUCCAACAGCGAGCUGAUCCGCCUCAUCAACAAUGCCAUUAAGAAUGACUUGGCGAGCCGCAACCCCACCUUCAUGUGCCUGGCCCUGCACUGCAUUGCCAAUGUAGGCAGCCGCGAAAUGGCUGAGGCCUUUGCCUCUGAAAUCCCCCGUAUCCUGGUGGCCGGUGAUACCAUGGACAGCGUGAAGCAGAGCGCCGCCCUCUGCCUCCUGCGCCUUUACAAGACUUCUCCUGACCUGGUGCCUAUGGGAGAGUGGACGUCACGUGUUGUGCACCUCCUGAAUGACCAGCACAUGGGCGUGGUCACAGCGGCUGUCAGCCUCAUUGCCUGUCUCUGCAAGAAGAAUCCUGAUGACUUCAAGACAUGCGUCUCCUUGGCUGUGUCUAGGCUCAGUAGGAUUGUGUCAUCAGCCUCCACAGACCUCCAGGACUACACCUAUUACUUUGUGCCAGCCCCCUGGCUCUCAGUCAAGCUCCUGCGGCUGCUGCAGUGCUAUCCUCCCCCAGAAGAUGCAGCAGUGAAAGGACGCCUGGUUGAGUGCCUGGAGACUAUCCUGAACAAGGCCCAGGAGCCACCCAAGUCCAAGAAGGUCCAGCACUCCAAUGCCAAGAACGCGAUCCUUUUUGAAGCCAUCAGCCUCAUCAUCCACUACGACAGUGAACCCAACUUAUUGGUGCGGGCAUGCAAUCAACUAGGCCAGUUCCUGCAGCAUCGAGAGACCAACCUGCGCUACCUGGCCUUGGAGAGCAUGUGCACCCUGGCCAGCUCCGAAUUCUCUCACGAGGCUGUCAAGACCCACAUCGAGACAGUCAUCAAUGCUCUCAAGACUGAACGGGAUGUGAGUGUGCGUCAGCGGGCUGCUGACCUCCUGUAUGCCAUGUGUGACCGCACAAACGCCAAGCAGAUUGUCUCAGAGAUGCUUAGCUACCUGGAGACAGCCGACUACUCCAUCCGUGAGGAGAUUGUGCUAAAGGUGGCUAUCCUGGCUGAGAAAUACGCAGUGGACUACAGCUGGUAUGUGGACACCAUCCUCAACCUGAUCCGUAUCGCUGGGGACUAUGUGAGUGAAGAGGUGUGGUACCGUGUCAUCCAGAUCGUCAUCAACCGGGAUGAUGUGCAAGGUUAUGCUGCCAAGACCGUCUUUGAGGCCCUGCAGGCUCCUGCAUGUCAUGAGAACAUGGUGAAAGUUGGAGGCUAUAUCCUAGGGGAGUUUGGGAACCUCAUCGCUGGAGAUCCUCGCUCCAGCCCUUUGGUGCAGUUUAACCUACUGCACUCCAAGUUCCACCUCUGCAGCGUGUCAACACGGGCCCUGCUCCUCUCCACCUAUAUCAAGUUCAUCAACCUCUUUCCUGAGACCAAGGGCACAAUCCAAGAGGUGCUGCGCUCAGACAGCCAGAUCCGCAACGCCGACGUGGAGCUGCAGCAGCGCGCCGUUGAAUACCUCAAGCUCAGCUCCAUUGCCAGCACCGAUGUCCUGGCGACAGUGCUGGAGGAGAUGCCGCCGUUCCCUGAGCGUGAGUCAUCCAUCUUGGCUAAGCUCAAGAAGAAAAAGGGCCCAGGAGCUGGCAGUGAGCUGGAUGACGGCAAGAAGGACCCAAACUCUGAGAUCAAUGGGGGCAUGGAGCCCUCAGCCAGCACUGCUUGCAGGAGUAGAGAAAAAGCAUGCUCCCACAGCGCAGGGCACGGUGUCUAUUCCUCUGUCCCCAAGUCAACACCAUCACCAUCUGCUGAUCUGCUAGGCCUCAGGGCCACCCCAGCCACCUCCUCCACUGUGCCUGCCAGUGCUGGUAACCUUCUGGUGGAUGUUUUCUCCGACAGCCCCUCAGCUGCAACUGGCCUUGUGCCUGGUGCCGAAGAGAACUUCCUGAGCUCAGGGGCUGCCACUUCUGUCUCUGAGGACCCUGCUUUGCCUAUUGCUGAGGCCGAUGAACUGCUUCACAAGUUUGUGUGUAAGAAUAAUGGCGUACUCUUUGAGAACCAACUGCUGCAGAUCGGUGUAAAAUCAGAAUUUCGGCAGAAUUUGGGCCGGAUGUAUCUCUUCUAUGGGAACAAAACAUCUGUCCAGUUCCAGAGCUUCACCCCUACAGUCAGUUACCCAGGAGACCUGCAAAGCCAGCUCAAUAUCCAGACAAAAGCAGUGGAGCCACUGGUGGAGGGAGGCGCUCAAGUUCAACAGGUCCUGAACAUUGAAUGCCUGAGUGACUUCACAGAGGCCCCUCUCAUCAACAUAAAAUUCCGGUACGGCGGGACGCUGCAGAACCUCACACUCAAAUUGCCUAUCACUGUCAACAAAUUUUUCCAGGCAACAGAGAUGCAAUCACAAGACUUUUUCCAGCGCUGGAAACAGCUCAGCCUGCCGCAGCAGGAAGCCCAGAAAAUCUUCAAGGCAAACCACCCCAUGGAUUCAGAAGUAACUAAGGCCAAGCUGUUAGGUUUUGGCAGUGCACUCUUGGAGAAGGUGGAUCCAAACCCUGAUAAUUAUGUAGGAGCUGGGAUCAUCCAGACAAAGGCACUGCAGGUUGGGUGCUUACUGAGGCUGGAACCCAAUGCCCAAGCACAGAUGUAUCGGCUGACCCUCCGUACCAGCAAGGAAUCUGUUUCGAAGCACCUUUGUGAGCUGCUCUCUCAGCAGUUCUGAGGCAUAGGCUGCACUGGAGGAAGGAGUGGAGGAAAAGGCUGUUCCUGCACACUGAAUGCCUAGGUCCAUCCCCUCCCACCUCCCUCCACACCAGGGGCCUCAAGAAAAGACUGUAAUGCUCCCUGCCUGUUGUCGUGAUAACCUCUGUGUUCUCAUUGCCUAGCCCGGGCCAGCACCAAGGGGGAUAUGUGAGGGGGAGCAGAGCUGUGGUCCCUGGGAUGGAUGAAGUAGGGUUGAGAAGGGAGAGCGUAUGUUGGUGUAGGGCAUUCUUCCAGGAGUAAUCUUCCCCUUGGCAGGAGGGUGGCCCUUGGAAGAAAGCCAGGAUCUCUCCUUGCCUAUAAGCCUGGUCCAUUCUAAAUCAGGAUGAGGCGAAGAUUUGUGGUCUUAAUCCCCUCCCUGCACUGGCACAGCUGUAUGAUUUAGGCUGGCAUUUUGGUUUUGUUUACAAUUAUUUACCCUUACUUUCCAUUCAUGGCUUUCCCUCUUUCUUUUGGGGAGAUGGGGUAUACAUGUCAGCUUCUCUGCUUCCCCCUGAGCUGGCUGUGGGGAGGAAUGGUGUGUGCGUGCGUGAGUGUGUGUGUGUGUUUGGCUGGGGGAGAAAUGCCUGUAAGGGUUGUUUUGUGUUUCUUUGCCUUGUGUAUUUCCUGGGGGUGGGGGGGGCAUUCUCCCUUUCCUUUGUCAUGGACCAUUCCAGUGUUACAGUUGCUUGUGUUUUUGUGGGCAAGGCAUAGUAAUGAGAACAGGCUCCCCCCCUCCUUACCUCUAGAAGGAAAACUACCCUAAAAUGGAAAGGACUGUGGGGAACAGAUGUCUAGUAACUCCUCUCCUGCCCUCCCCCCCAACUUCUCCAAAUUUCAGGAAGGUGUUUACUGCUAUCCUCAAGCAGCUGUAAAGUUUUGGGGGACUGACUCUGGAAUAGUGACCUCCAUGCAUUUUGGAAAAGGGAGGGGAGGGUUCAGUUCAUGCUAGUUUGGGGGUGUCCCAGCUUCCCAUGCUGGCCCGGGCUCCAUGUUACUCUGCUGUGUAGGUGUUAUCUAGCGCAUCUUAGUUUAUCUGGGUUUUGAAUGCCUGUAUCUAUCUCCAUGUGACUGUAAUAAAACCGUGAGGGCGGGGGAGAGCCAGAAUCAAGCCAGGCUGGGUCACCCCCACACCGCUGACUGA